AGACAGUUCGAAGUGUUUUCUCACGCGUGGCUUUUAAUUUUAUGCAUCCAAGCUGGUACGUAGAAUAUCAAGAACUGACAGAUGUAUUUCGGUUUAUAGACGAUAACGUAUUGCUGUAGAAUAUAAGAGUUUGAAGGUACAGAGGCAUGGCAGAAUUAGAGACAAUGGCAGAAUAUGGGACUUACCUCCCUGAUGUGAGUGGAGGGGAGGAUUCACUUCUUUCACCAACAGAGACUGUUCCCUCACUGAAUUUAGAACAAACAGAAGAGAAUGCUGGAAUCGAAGAUGAGGAGCUAGAAGCCAUCAAAGCCCGUGUCCGUGAGAUGGAGGAGGAGGCCGAGAAGCUAAAAGAGAUGCAGAAUGAAGUGGAUAAACAGAUGAAUCUGAGUUCACCUCCUCCUGCUCAAGCAGUAGCACAUCUAUCAAUGGAGGAGAAGGGAGAGGUUGAUGCCAGAUCAGUCUAUGUUGGAAAUGUGGAUUAUUCAGCUACUGCAGAGGAAUUAGAAAGUCACUUUCAUGGAUGUGGAUCAAUAAACAGAGUCACCAUCCUUUGUGAUAAGUUUACCGGACAUCCUAAAGGGUAUGCCUAUGUAGAAUUUGUAGAAAAGGACUCGGUAGAUACAGCCUGUACAUUGAAUUUAUCUCUCUUUAAGGGUAGGCAGAUUAAAGUUAAUGCAAAGAGAACGAACCGCCCCGGAAUCAGUACCACGGAUCGUCCUCCACGUGGGGGGUUUUCCGGCCAGCGUGGCAGAGGUAGAGGGCGCUAUGGUCAGUCAGCAUUUGGAGGAGGAGGAGGAUACGGAGGAGGUGGAGGUGGAUUCUACAGGGCGCAGAGGCCCAGAUUUAGGAAUCGUCGUUUCGUUCGAUAUUCUCCAUACUGAGGACCCGGGAGCAAAAAAGAAGAGCAAGAGAAAAAAAAGGGGCAUGCAAAUUUUUCUUUUAUAGUGAAGGUAGUAGUAGAUGUAAGGUAAUGGUAUAAAGUCACAAGGGCACCUACUCAUAAUUCACAAACAAGUGAAAUAUUAGGCUUUUGUUCUUGGAAAAUUUUCUGUUCUGACCUGCUGGGUGUCUUAGCAAUAUUUCUUUUCCAGUUUUUAGAAAGCAGCAAUGCUUGUACUGCUGCUACAUGUAUAUAUGUAAGGUAAUCAUUUUCUUAUCUCAUUUUCUGUAGUCCACUCUUAAUAUCUUAACACUUUAUUAAGCUUCCCUAUGUUUCAUUUCUUUUUCAGGUUCCAGUAAUGUGAGGGGUUUUAAAAAAUAUUUAAAAGAAGAAAUAAAAAAAGAAAAAUAAUAAAAAAGAAAUGAAAAAAAGUAUUAAAAAAGUAAAAAGAAACGAAAAAAAAAGUAUUAAGAAAGUAAAAAGAAAAAAGAAAAAAAAAAAGAAGCUACAUGCAAUAGAGAUAAGAAAAAAAAAGAGAGAAAAGAAAAGAAUAAAAGAACGAGGUAAUUAAGAAAAAAAAUGGGACUCCUGGCGAGACUUCUCCACUGGUGUGCAACUCGGACCGUUCCAUCUCUAGCCGAGGGGUGCUGGAAUCAAGAUUAGGUGUAAGUACCUCAUAUAAAACACAAAGAUGGUCAUAAGGUGAAAAGUAAAGGCGAAGGUGUCGACUCUCAAAAAUUGUGUUGAUAUUUGUUUGACAGAAUUCAUCAAAGAAAUAACAAAAUGUUCUGAAAUAAUCUAAGUGAACCAAUAUUGUUAUUUCAGAUAUUUAUUAUUGGUAAAGUAAAGUAUUUUGGGGGACAUCAGAUUCUUAAGCAUGGAAGAAGUUAUUUAUCUGGAACCAUUUCCAUAUUGAAUUUAGAUCAUGUAUUUAAGAUCAUUUGAGCUUUGUGAAGUGCAUGUACUCUAGAUCGAAUUUUCAUUUGUGGCAUGUUCCACUUGCGAUGCAUGCAAGCAAAAUAUAUAAUUUCUUCAUAAAUCAUAUUGAAAUUGUAUUUCUGCUUUUAGCAAUUUUUGGCAAAUUAAAAGACCUCAUAUUAAAAAACUUUGAUGGCUUUCCUCCAUGAGGGGACUUUCAGCCAAGCCCUGGACCCGGCGCUGUGACAUUCUGCUCAUUAUGUUGGCUAGUGGCGCAUAGAACACAGGGCCGGUAUUCAAUUUUAUACUUAAGCCUGAAUUUUAAGUAUUUUUCUCAAGUAAAUAAUCCAUCUUUGGUAUUCAAUUGCAUUUUUUGGCUUAAAUCUAAGUCAGCCACCUACCAUGCCUUGCAUGCAGCUUACAAAUGUGACACGCGUUUCAUACAUUUCAUUUCAUACAUUUUGUGGCAGAUAUUUGGCUUGGUAAAGUAAAAUACUUUGAUGUGAUCUGAAUAUGAAUUAAAGCAUUUGCUUAGGCAAGUAAAAUGCUAAGUAAUAUACUUACAGAAUCAAUACUUUCUGAAAUUGAAUACCAGCCCAGAUUUCCAAUAACAAUGUGGCACUUCUACAAAACUAAAUGAGAAUCCAAGUUUUUGAUCCAUAGUUUCUUUGCUAGUAUUAUUACUGGUAGAAUUUGCCAUUCACCUCUUUGAAUUGAACCAGUUUUGAGAAUUUCCCCGGGUGACUGCACAAAUCCCUCUCAUAUGUCUCUUUCCAUCUGAAGUUAUUAUUGUUACGUGUGUUGGGGGAGCACCUUUUUAGCAUGGAAGAUUCAAAUUUGUAGGAAGAGUACCUGUGGCAUGUCCGGACUAGGGACUAUGGGACAUAUUGCCUUUUUGUGAUUUGUGAAAACAGGAACUAGCACAUUUUGUCAAAUUCUGAUCUGUGGAAUUUAUACAAGUCUUACAAAAGAAACAGACCAAAAUAAAUCAUCUUGGUAAUGUAUUUAAUGUACAUUGAGAAUUUUUGGACAAUUACACGUCUUGUAAUUCUUAUGCAUGUUAAAUUUAUGCUUCUUACAUAAUGAAAAUCCUUCAUACCAGUGCAUUCAAUAACACAAGAUUUAACUUGAGAUAUUGUCAUUUGAUUUUGACAUUUUAUGAUUUAUAAAGACCUAUGUCUUUUAAUAUUUAUUUAGUAAAAGAUGACAGUGUAGUUUGAUUUGACAUACAUAGAGUGGUGCCAUUUGAUAAAUUAAGUUGUUUUAUAACUAGGAUGCAAGAAAUACGAUUUGUUUUAUUUUCUUGAAUUGAGUCUCGCAAUGACUCAUUGAUUCUGGAAUCAAUUUUUACCACUGAUAAGGAACUAGUACAAUAAUAAAUAAUUAUAUUUGACUGUGUAUACUUUGACCCAUCAAUGGAGCUUAUGUUAUUGCUUCAAAAAAUAUUCAUAUUUUGAUUGUUAAAUAUGUACAUAUUAUGUGUAAGCUUCAUCUCUAUUUACACUCUUUUUUUGUAACUUCUCUUUCAGAGAUGUUCCAACAGUUUCUUCCUGCUGCGUAAUGAUAAAUUAAUAAAAUUGUUUCUCCCUGGAAA